GCCGGGGCGGGGGCGGGGCCGAGACCGGGUCUCCCGGUCCUGGCCGCGCCAGCCCCGACGUCCGCGCGGGCCGCCGAGUCUCCGGCCGGGCCCAGUGGGGUCGGCGCUGCUGGCCGGCCGAUCUGCCUCUCCCUGGUGCCCAUCCAUUUGCUGCAAUGACUAGUCUGCUAACCACACCUUCUCCAAGAGAAGAGCUGAUGACCACCCCGUUUCUACAGGCCACUGAAGCCCUGUCCCCAGAAGCCGAGGCAAGCACAGCCCUCAUUGCAGUUGUCAUCACCGUGGUCUUCCUCACCCUGCUCUCGGUCGUGGUCUUGAUCUUCUUUUACCUGUACAAGAACAAAGGCAGCUACGUCACCUACGAACCUGCAGAAGGCGAGCCCAGCGCCAUCCUCCAAAUGGAGAGUGAUUCAGCCAAGGGCAGGGACAAGGAGGAAUAUUUCAUCUAAUGAUUCCCGGGCCCCCAAGGAGCUUAUCCAGGCUCCAGAGCUAACACACUCUUUAAUUUAUUAGGUGAAAGUUUUAUCUGAAACCAGUGAGAAGCAUUGAUUGUUAUGGGCAAACCUGAGCUCCUUCUAGGACACAGGCCCAAAUGCCAACAUCACUGAUGCCAGGGACACAGAGAAAGCCGUUGUUGAUGUCUUUAGCCAGGCCUUUGUAUUAUAGCUAGUUUCAGUGGCUGCCCAGCAAGGUCGAGCGAAGCCAGGCCACGUGAGUAUGUGCCUGGUCAUCUUCACUUUUUUCAAGGUCAAAGGGCAGGAGCAUUAGGGUCUCUGGCUGCUCCUCUGUCCCCUACCUGGUCUACUAGUGACAGCUUGAACAAAGAUAGUGUCGGUAGAAGUUCUUCCCAGGUGCUAGAUACCAUGGUAACAGGCUGAGCAGGAAGGGACAGGAGACUGGGGAGACCUCACCCCAUGAUGAACGUGCUUCAUCUCCUAAUCUGAGCCUGGCCUUUCUGUCUUCCUGAAUAACCUUGUACUGAUGCUAUUUUUAUCACAAUUAAAAAUGUUCAUUGAUACAGAAA